AUGCGCUCGUGAGUAGAUAGAAUACUGCCCUCCUGCUGUUCACGAAGAAAUCGCGACCAAACCCCAACUAUCUUGGAGAGUAAAAGCUUGCCUGAAAGUUUUGUGACGUAUGACUUGAUAAAAGAAAAUGAUCAAUCACAAGCAGAAAUCGAAAAAAACGAUAAAGAGAGAAAUGAAUUUAAAAAGGAACCGAUAAGAAAAGCGAAAUCAAAGCCGAUUGAUGAAAUUUUAAUAAGUCCAAUUGAAAGAAGCUCAAUUUCAUCCCCAGAGACUGAAGUUCAGAUGAUACCAUGCUAUGGGAGAGACAAUUUUAUUACCCUCGGACAAGGGGAAACACCUAAAGAGAGCACUAUUAACACCAGCAUAAGUGUGGAGAAAGCCAAAGCUAUUUUAGGUAUCAAAAUAAUUAGACCAAUUUACAUGUUCAGUAUGCAAUAAAGAAGCUAAAGGAUUAUGCACUGGAUGUGUCAGCAAACGAUUUUGUAUUAAUUGUUAUCAUAGUUUCCACAAAAAAAGCUCUUUAAAAGGACACAAUCUUUUCUUAUAUUCUUCAAAAAGGCUAAAAAGGAAUAAAGAAGAAAAUCAUGUUUCGAAUAAUUAA